AUGCCAGAUCAACAGGCUGGUCUCGACAUCAGAGCGUCUUGCGCACAAACACCUAGGGGCUUCUCUGCAAUCUCUCCUUUGUGCUCCAUUGUUUGCAGCAAUCUCACACCUGCCAGGUAUGAGAGCUUCGCUCAUCCUUCACAUCAACUUUGCUUGACAUGGAUCACCAGCCCCAGCCUCGUCGAGAAGUGUGCUGGAAGUACUUCCAUGGUGCUUGCAGACACGGAGAGCGCUGCCGCUACUUGCAUGUCUCACAGCAGACACACCAGCUUGCUCACAACGUUGGCAGCGAGAACCAACACGGACUACCGGGACCUUCUCGACUCCCGCCUAGGGAAAACGCCACCGAAUAUGCAGACAUCAUGGCAUCCUGCUCACAUGCCACCAGCAUUCCCUCGCGCGCUGACACCUACCGGACCAGCAAGCCUCCCACCGGGACCUUCUCGACUACCACCGAGGGAAAAGGCGGCUGCACCGCGACCAUUUGCACGGCCUGGAGGACAACCUCUCUAUGGAACAAUGCCAGCACCGAAUGUGCAGACGGCACGGCUUCCUGCUCACAUGCUACCGACAUUCCCUCACGGGCUGAGACCUACCGAACCAGCAAGCCUCCCUCCUCCUAAUCAACAGGUGUGCCGUCGUUACCUCGGUGGCUACUGUCAAAACAGUCAGCUCUGUGGAUAUUCCCACGACGUUCAGACCACGAGGAUUCCUCCAACCAUAGCGAGUCGCGGGCGUCCUGCAGGUCGGGCUCAAACUCAAAGACGGUCCACUGUUCAACUGGAGCGACCGCAUGUCGAAGCCGUGUUCUCGCCUGAGCAGCAGCUUCCAACUCCUUUUGCUCCACGCAUGGACUCAGAUGAGAUGCCUGUGCUCCGGCUCCGUGCCCGGAGCACAGGCCCAGGCACCGAAUCUGUGUUCAAGCUAGCCCAAGUCCCAGAUCGGGCUACGAAGCAGACGGCCGGAGAAGCUGUUCCUAGGAGCAAAGAUGGCCCAUCUAGCGAAGGUGCCGAGGAUUUGUCCGCGCGACAGGGAGGAGUAGUCGCGGCGGAUAGAGAUGGAGACGUUGCGGAGAUCGGACCAGAGCCAGGAGCAAAAAUUGACUCUGAGCGCGAGUCUGACCAAGGCGUGCAAAUGCCACGCGACGCCACAUUAUCACUGAGGGAUAGGCUCAAGCAGCUGAAGUUUGGCGAUGGUGGAGGACCGCAGUGA